AUAUCAAUCCCCUUAAUUAUAACACUUUUUGACAAAAACAAAAUUAUGCCCAUAUCUAGACAAAAGUCCUAUUUAUCUUUGAAACAGAUAUGGCAAAAAUGCAAUAUGAUUAUUUCAAUUUUGCUCGACAAGAUUUCUACAGAUCUAUAGGAGAAUGGUGCAAGAGAGAGACACAAAGGUCCUAUGUUUCACUGUCUAGAAACACUGCACAAAUCUUUUUUUUUAUCAAAGAGUGCACGAUAUACACAUCUAAAAAAAAAGUAGUAUACACUAAACCAUCAUCACACGUUCUUCGAUGCAAUGAAUUACUUUCUUUUAUAAGAAUUAAGAUAAUUUGAAAAAUCUAUUUUCUCCCAAAGUAUAAAGAUAUGCGAGCCAUGCUUUUAAAACUGGCUUUAAUAUUGUUGCUGAUGUAUUGGCUCAGAAUUAGAGUUUAUUAUGUACGAGUCACGUGCGCAUGGUCUUGUAUCACACUCUCAUUAUCGGUACGCUAAAACACUUCCAGUCCUUCGAACUAAAAUAAGUGAGAGAUGGAAGGACAAGCAAGCUACAAAUCGCACAUUCGCUCGCUUUCACGGACGUGCAUUAGCACACGUGUGUGCGUCCCAUUUCAUGUAUUUGAUAAAGUGUAUCAUGUACACAUCUGGUAAAGUGAACCAUCAAAUCGAAAGCGUCGUGACUGAUCGCGACAACGAGCCAGAAACGGAAAGACAUCCGCGUGAAUUUCCAGACAUUUCUUUUCGAAUCUCGAACGAUCUCGAAGAAGGAGAAGCAUCGGGAAGCAGCGCUCCAACACACCCACUCAGUUGCAAGGAAACGAGCUUCUUUGGACGAGAGCACUCGGCGGAAUAUUGGAAUACUUGGAGUAUUAAGAACACGUGUGCUGACGUAUGCACUAUCCGCAAUGCACGUGCGUUCUAAAGCGAUGUUCACAGCACAGCUCACAGCCGGAUCAUUCAGGAAAUUCAGGAAUGUUCGGAACGCGAAGAGUCAUAGAUAUAUAUAAAAUUAGAUGAUCUUCCUUCUUAUGUAUAUCAUAUCGCGUAAAGUUUUCGCUAAAUUGAGAAUAGAAUCAAGACACUAGCGUCUCUCAAUUUGGAGGGCACACGUAUUAUUACAUUCUCUUCUCCUGUACUGUCGGUAAAAGCUUUUGUGUUGAAAAUAUUAAUUAUCUUAUUAUGAUACAG